CGGACUCCUCAGGUUCUGAUCGAUGGGAAACAUCAACAGGAUCAAUGAUCAUUAAACCUGCCUAUGUUUCACACAGUGGAGAAUAUGUUUGUGAGGAUGAAGGAGGAAACAGGAGCAAAUCUGUCAACAUCAGCAUCACUGCUGCUGACGUGAUCCUGGUGAGUCCUGCUCUGCCUGUGGUGGAGGGAGAAGCUGUGAGUCUGAGCUGCAGGAGGAAAGGAUCCCCCUCCAACCUCCCAGCUGACUUCUACAAAGACGGCAGCCUCAUCAGGACGACUUAUACAGGAGAGAUGAGCAUUCACAGCAUCUCUGCGUCUGAUGGAGGAUUCUACAAGUGCAGCAUCUCAGGAUCUCAGGGAGAAUCAGCAGAGAGUUGGCUGCAGGUCACAGGGACAACAGCAGCAGAUGAUCCACAGACGUCUCCAAGUCCUGGCUCCAACAGGCUCCUUCCUGUGUUAACAGCUGUCUUCACCUUAACGUUUGUGGUUGUGCUGCUGCUAGUGGUCGGACUUGUACAGUGUCGGAAACACAGAGGUCCAGAGCAAAACGCAGCUGAUCCAAACGAUGUGACUUAUUCUACUGUCACAGCAAAGAGAAAGAGGGAAGUUUCCAGGUCAACAAACGUUUCAGAUCCAAACAAGUCAACAUAUGCUGUUAUCGUCCCGAGGAAGGAAUGAGCUUCUGUGAGAACAAACUCCUCAAAUUAAACUGUUUGCUUCUACUGUAAAUGAGGUCUAUGUUAUCGAUCUUGGUCUCAUUGUCUAUGAAACUCCUAGUUUUUAAAAAGAAACAGAAUUUGAUGCAGUUCUACUGAAGCAAAGUAACAGACACGAACCCGAGAUAAUUUUAUUCAUAAACCCUCAUCUGGAUUUUAAUAUUAUUUUGCUGUGGACCUUUGUAACAAAAAACUAAACUUUUUCUGUUUUGUCUGAGGAAAAAAUGCACUCUCAGGAUGAACAUCUCUGUAAAUCUCUGUUUCAUAUUUAAUUUCUUAGUUUGUGAUGUUACACUGUUUGCUAUUAUAUACAUAUUAACAUAUAUACUGUACAUAAUGUACUAUCUACUGUACAUGGUACAUUGUAUGGCAUACUUACAGUCUGGUUGCGAGGUGCAUUACAAUGGGGGCUCCUGUUUAUUAUAUUCAAAUGACUGAUGC